GGAUCAACUGUUACCUUACCCAGAGCUAGAUUCUGCUUCAGCUCACCAAACUCAUUCUUUGCAGUCGCAUCUUUCCACACCGCAACCAGACGAUAGGGUAAAGCUUCAAGGCUUAGGAAAUCAGCUGUCACAUCUACCAUUGCAGCAUUCUCUCCAUCAACAACACCAGGACGUCUCGAUACCUUCUGAUCUAUACGCCCAAGUUUUACAGCCCCAACUGCAUAGCGGCCAACAUUACACACAGCACCAACUGCAGCAGCACAAUCAGUAUCAGCAGCUUUCCCAGGCUCAACAACAGCAGCUCCAACAACAACAACAACAACAACAACAACAGCAACAACAACAACAACCGCAACAACAGCAAACACAACCACAACCGCAGACGCAAUCACAGCUUCAGCAACUCGACCAUCAACAACAACAGCAGUUGCAACAACAACAACAACAACAACAUCAACAGCAGCUACAACAGUUUCAGCUGCAACAACAACAACAACAACAACAGCAGCAGCAACAAUCUCAACAGGAAUAUCACCUCCAUCCCCAGCAACACCAAUCUCAACAGCAGUCCCAUUCUCAGCAACACCCUCAGCACCAACAACAGUAUUCAGACGUGAUGUUCAACUCAUUCUUGACGCAAAUAGGGCAGAGGUCGAUGAACAAUGUACUAAACACGUUUCAGCCAGCCGCGCACGCCAUACCGGCCGCCAUGGGCACUGCCAUCAAUCAACCUGCGCAAAGGUACUUUCAUGCUGCGAUGAACACGCCCUCCAUGUUGGACAUGAGCCACCCUACCAUGGUCCAGCCCACGCCUCAUUUCCAGCUUCAGGUUCCACCUCCUGUUGCCAAAAAGAUGUCUGCGAGUCAAAGCAGAAUUGAAAAGAGGAAGCAGUUAAAGAAGCAAGGUCCUAAAAGGCCCUCUUCUGCCUAUUUCUUGUUUUCCAUGGCCGCUAGAGAGGACCUUGUGAGACAGUAUCCGGACGCAAAAGUACCAGAGCUCUCCAAGCUGGCUUCUGCUAAAUGGAAAGAGAUGACAGACGAGGAGAAGAGACCAUAUCAUGACAAGUUCAAGGUCAACUGGGAAAAGUAUAGAGUUGCGAGAAAGGAGUACGAGUCAAAUCUACCCCCCAAGCGUCCAUCUGGUCCCUUCAUUCAGUUUACACAAGAAGUUCGUCCUAAGAUCAUAAGCGAGAACCCAGACAAGGAUUUGAUCGAAAUCACCAAAUUGAUUGGUGAGAAAUGGCGUUCGUUGUCUCAGACGGACAAACAGGCGUACACGGAAACUUACAAAAGAAAACUCAAGGAAUGGGAAGAGCAAUACCCUGAAGAGUCCACCGUCGUGGAUCCUCCUAAAAUUGAGUCUUAA